UGGGCGGAGACAGCGAAUUACAAAACAUUAUUUGGGGUUUAUAAAGGGGUUAGGGCUGGAAAACACCAAGGAGGUGUUGUUACAGCCAAAAAUACUCCUGCUUAUGGUCUUCCUAGCACAGUUUAUUAUCUGCUUUUGGUUUUUAUUAGAUAAAUGUCCAAGUACAUUCAUAAGUUUCUUUAACAAAAAUUCAUUUGCCCAAACUAUACUAGGAAGACAUGAGCAUGACUUUAAUCUUUUAUGAUUCAGAUGUCCAGAACUUUCUCAUAAUAAACUUUCAGUGAUAGAAAACCAAAAACACAUUUUAGUGUCUUCUUUUAAAUAUAGAUUUAUUUUGCCUCACGGGGUGUGUAAACAGGUUUUACAUUGAAAAGUAAAACCUUUCAUUUAACAUGCAAGCUACUCAGUUUUCUUUUUCAUAGAUAAGGUGUACCAGUAUCAUCUAUAUCGAAUUAAUUUGUAGAGUAAGCUAAAGGAGGGAUUUGUAUAUAGUACCAUAUGUACAUACAAUAGCAGAAUGAGGUAAUUGAGAAAACUUAGGUAGUGUGGUAAGUCAAUGCUUUUCUUCUUUUAGAAUGAAGUUUUCGUUUCUGCAUAAGGAUUCUUUGACAUCUUAUGACCCAACUUUUUGCUAAAUAUUUGCCCCUUAAAAUAAUUUUUUUUUAUUAAGCAUACUUUGGCCCUCCAAAUUGACUAAUAUGUAUUUGGAUAAUUUUUACAUCUGUGUGUCUGUUAACUGCCUGCUAUCUUUUUGCAGGUAACUGUCCUGUACGUAAUUUUUUGGUCAGAGUGAUUACUCUUACUGCAUAAGAGUUUCCUAGAUAUUGUUGAUUUUGCCCUUUCUUUGCCUGUGAGGCCCGCCACGUUCUGGCAGGAGAAGUUAUGUGCUUUAAAGUUUGUAUAUUCAUCAUCCACACAUAUUUUUUUUUUCUAAAUUGAAAAUACAUCCUGUUUGCAGCAAAUAUUACUUUGUGGUAAAAAUUUUAAAACAACAGUGAUAACUGGUACACAUUUGAUAAUUGAUAGUUUGUUUCCUUAGAAAUAAUAUUACCUGUGAUGAAGAGACUGACUCAGAAAAGCUACUGCAAAUAAAGCUCUUGAUUAUAGAUUUAAACUACACUUAAACUUAGAGAUGGAAACCGUAGACCCUCAAAACUACAUCCUUUUUGGGGAUAUGUUAGUAUUUGCUGUGUUGAAGUAAGUGACAAGUUUAGGUCGGCUGUAUAAAUUACGUACUUUAAUGCCACGGAAAUGAAAAGUAAAGCAAUUAUCUUGCUUCCCCAUUAUUUUGUAUUUAAUAAAUUUGUCAACAUUGGUUGAACUUUUUAUAUUAUAUACUAAAAAGUGUUUUAAAUGCUACAUAUAUCUUGAUGGCUACCUUUUGAAUUAUUUUUUAUUUUCUGAACUAAUGAUCCUAUUUGAAUGCAGUAAUUUUAUCUGUAUCAAUCUUGUGCUCAUUUCUGUUUGUUUUUUUAAAUUGUUUUAUACUUCUGUUUGCCACUCUUCGAUUUUUCUUUUAAUUGAAAACAAUAGGAGCACGUGGUUUGAUGUCGGAAUUUUAUAAAUUGUAGAAAUCGUGAUUUGGCUUAAAAUGUUUUCCCUGAUUGUGUGGUUUUUAGUAAAAUGAACUUUCUUACUCUCUUGUUUCAACUUGGUAUUUUUUGAAAUGUUUUUUGGAUUUGAUGUAUAACUGUUUAACUUUACAUAACAUUUAUUGGGCCUUAUAUUGAUAAUUUGAAAAAAUUUUAUAUUAGUAAGAUAUGUAUAAUUUUUCUAAUAUUUUCAAUCAUGGUGAUGAGAAGUUAAUGCCACUUACUUUAGUGGGGUAUAUGUUGCUGUAUACAACUGCAUGCACAUGUAUGGUUUUGUGUGUUUGUACAGGGUGUUAUUUUGUGGUACUUUUUGUAAUGAGAGUAUUUCUUCUGUUUUUUUUUUUUCUCCUCAGUUUGUUUUAAUUAAAUUCUGUAAAAACCCAAAGUACCACCAUGUCCAUAAUUGUUUGAACAGCUUCAUUUGGUUAGUAGUAGCAGCUAUCUGUCUCAAUGUGAGAUUAUGUAGAAAUUGGAUGCCAAAAGAGAAAAUCUUAAGCUUUCUCUCUCCCUCUAGCCCCCUUCUCUGCCCCCCCCCCUCACUUUCUCCCUCUUUCCCCCUUCUUUCUUCCCUCUUUCCUCCAGGCCUUUUUUGGUUUCUCUUUUUCUGUUUUGGCAUUUCUAUAAAGUCUCAAAGUAGUUUCUUAAAGUUCUUGUAGGGGAUACUGACAUUAAUCCUCACUAAUGAAUACCUGAGACUGCUUAUCAAUAACAGCUGUAGUACUGUGGCUUUUCUCCAUGGACGCAUGGUGGUCUUUGGAACAACGUUCUUCAAUUUUGACAGUUUCUUACGUUAAAGAUUACAUGUCUGGGUCUUCUGAAUCGUGUUGAAUCGAACGUGGCUGUGGACACUCAUCUUUAAAAUUGAGCUAACACUCGUCCUAAGGUUAUUGUUUUCUUUAGGUGAUGCUAGGAGGCCUCUUCAUGAAACAGCAGUUUUGGUAGAAGAUGUGGUACACACACAGUUAAUUAAUCUGUUACAGCAAGCUGCUGAAGUUUCUCAGCUUCGGGGAGCCAGGGUAAUCUCUGCCGAAGACCUUCUGUUUCUGAUGCGCAAAGAUAAGAAAAAACUGAGAAGACUGCUAAAGUACAUGUUUUUCCGAGACUACAAAUCCAAGAUUGUCAAGGGCAUCGAUGAGGAUGAUCUUCUGGAAGACAAACUGGGUGGCAGCAAUAAUGCAAACAAAAGACAAAAAAUUGCCCAAGACUUUCUCAACUCUAUUGACCAAACAGGAGAACUCUUGGCAAUGUUUGAAGAUGAUGAAGUUGAUGAAGUUAAACAAGAAAGAAUGGAGAGAGCAGAAAGGCAAACUCGAAUUAUGGAUUCAGCUCAAUAUGCAGAAUUCUGUGAAAGUCGACAAUUAAGUUUCUCCAAAAAAGCCUCCAAAUUUCGAGACUGGUUGGACUGCAGCAGUAUGGAGAUAAAACCCAAUGUUGUCGCUAUGGAAAUUUUAGCAUAUUUGGCAUAUGAAACUGUGGCACAGUUAGUGGACCUGGCUCUUCUUGUGAGGCAGGACAUGGUAACCAAGGCAGGAGACCCCUUCAGCCAUGCCAUUUCUGCAACCUUCAUUCAGUAUCACAACUCUGCUGAGGGGUCUAGCAUGAAGUCCUACCCAGAAUCUCCUGAGACCACACCUCCUCCCACACCAACAGCCCCAUCAUCUGGGUCACAGCACUCAGGGAAAACCACAGCAGGAUCCCUUGGGAAUGGGAGUGCUGGACAAGACUUGACUAAAACCAAGCAAAGGAAAAGAAAAAAGAGCACUGCGGCCUGUGGUGUUGAGGCUCACAGCGAUGCCAUCCAGCCCUGCCACAUCAGAGAGGCCGUUCGACGCUACGGCCACAAGAUUGGCCCCCUUUCCCCAUUCACAAUUUCUUUCUCUUUGACAGAGUGCCUACCGCAGGAAUGGGAUGGCUUUUCUGGCCUGCUGACGGGACUUGUGACUGUAACAACAGGAAAGGCAUGUUAUAUUAAGGUGAUUUCUGUUCCCCUCUUUGGACAAAAUAAAAUACAAGUUUACCUUCUCUGUAUCCUCAGGAGUGGGUUGGUUUGUUGUGACUAUCAACUGGCUGACUCCGGCUCUUUUCCAGCCCCCUCAGUGCUCGGUCUUGUUUACUGGCUGGGCCGUUUAGCUAAUUAAUGGCAGGAUGUUUGGGAUAGUGUGUAGGUGGACAAGAAUGCAGAUCACACAAUUUUGAAAUUGUAAUUUGGGAUGGAUUUACUGCCCUCAGCUCACAUAUCUUAAAGGCAGUGUCUUGUUUUCCCUCCAGUGUUUAGUCUGUGUUUUAUGUGAUGCAUUUUGUAUAAUCCAGGUUUGGGACAGAGGAGACAAAAGGACAGUCAGUUUUCCCUCACACUGUCCCACAACUUUACUUUGUGACAUUUGCUGAGUAUAUAUAUCUUAGGUGUGUUUUCGAGACACAUACUCAUUUUAUAAACUCACGCUAAUCAAAGACCUAAUUGAUCUGAUGAACUAUUCUCGUCUUCCCGUCCCUUCCCCCCACUUCUCGCGAAUGUGUUAUUUUCACACCUUCUUCCCGACUUCCUGCAGAUCUGCCAUCGUGUCUGUUUUUCCUCGUGUCGGCCCUCUCCUCCUGUCCUCUUGUCCCUCCAGUCCCCAGGCCCACCACACAUACACGCUGUACCCAUUUAGAAGCUAAGUAAUCAGGGGCCCCCCGGGGGGGAGCUGAGUUGGUUGAGCGUCCGACUUGGGCUUAGGUGGUGAUCUCACGGUUUGUGAGUUCGAGCCCCGCAUCAGGCUUUGCACUGACAGCGUGGAGCCUGAUUCAGAUCCUCUGCCUCCUUCUCUCUCUGCCCCUCCCCUGCUCGUGCUCUUUCUCCCUCAAAAAUAAAUAAAUAAACAUAAAAAAAAAAAAAGAUGAAAGAAGCAAAGUAAUGAGAAUCCCUUGAAGGGGAGCUGAGUGAUGUGCUUUCUCCCUUGAGAGCAGUCCCACAGCUAAACUGGAAUCUGGGACUGGGUCAUUUCUUGCUGGCAACAGCCGAGCUCCCCUUCUGGCAUCUAUACUUUCUCCAUCAGAUGACAAACCCUAACUUUGGAGAACGAAUCAAAAUAUAGCAGAUGUACUUGUGCAGUUCCUGAUUAAACUUGAAUUUUUAAAAAGGAAGCUACUUCUUUAAUUCUGUAGGACUUCCAGUUUUAUUUUUAUCAUGGUUUUUACACACACUGAGACAUCCUUUGUAAAGCAUUAAUAAAAACAGAACUAAGAAACAUGAAAGAUUUCCCUCCUGUGACCAAAUCAUCGUGAGGCUCCGUUAAUAUGAUUGUGCCAUAUUACUCACAUUUGUUAACUAUCAUUUACCUGUUCUGUGUUAGUCCUUCUGGAAAAAAUCUUCAUGUCAAGAAGAAAAAAAAACGUAGAUAUAUAAUAUCAAAAAAAUUGCCAAGGGGUUUUGAUGUUCCAUCUGUGCUUGUUGAAAUGUAUGAUUAAACUUUUCUUUUUAUCAUCA